GUUUCUUCCAAAAAGUAAAACAUAAAGGAAUGGGUAACCCCCAUUGCCUGCACCCACACACUCACUUCACACCGCACCACACCACACCGCACCGUAGAAAACUUCUCUCUCUCUCUCUCUCUCUCUCUCUUUCGCUCUCGCUAGGGUUUUCUUCCAAUCGCAUCUCGAAUCUCGAUUUCGCUAAGUCAUCGCGCAAUUCUCCAUGGAGGGUGCUGGGAUGGAAGGGAAUAAUAUCAGUGAUGACAGUAAUAAGUCUGAGGCGCAUUUGACUUCCGCCGCUGCUUUUGUGGAGGGUGGAAUUCAGGACGCUUGUGAUGAUGCCUGCAGCAUAUGCCUUGAAGCCUUCUGUGACAGUGAUCCUUCCACGGUUACCAGUUGCAAGCACGAGUUUCAUCUUCAGUGCAUUCUCGAAUGGUGUCAAAGAAGCUCCCAGUGCCCCAUGUGUUGGCAACCUAUCAGUCUCAAAGAUCCAACAAGCCAAGAAUUACUUGAGGCAGUGGAAAGAGAGCGAAACUUUAGGAUCAAUCCACCUAGAAAUGCCACAAUAUUUCAUCAUCCAACACUGGGGGAUUUUGAGUUACAACAUUUGCCAGUUGGAGCUAGUGAUGCUGAUCUUGAAGAGCGUAUAAUCCAACACUUAGCUGCGGCAGCAGCAAUGGGAAGAGCACGCCACAUUGCUAGAAGGGAAGGGCAGAGAAACAGGUCAUCAGCUCAAGGUCGCCCACACUUUUUAGUUUUUUCGACUCAUCCUAAUUCGCCUCCCAUGGCUCCUACUUCUUCCUCUCCAUCUCAGAGGGGAGAUGAUGAAGCAACUCCUACUAUUGCUGUUGCCAAUCUGUCUCCAUCUCCUGCAACAGGAGAACAAUCAUCACAACUGACUUUAGUUGCUCCUGUUCAAGCAGAGCAGGUCUCUGCUUCAGGAUCUGGAUCUAGUGCUCUUGGUACAGAACAUCAGGGAUCAUCGUACAACAAUAGGAGAUCACCUAAUCAGUCAUCUCCAAGUAGUCAAGACAGAGCAGGCCCAUCAGAAUUGCAGUCAUUUUCAGAGUCUCUGAAAUCUAAACUGAAUGCUGUGUCAUCAAGGUACAAGGAGUCAAUUUCCAAGAGUACCCGAGGGUGGAAGGAGAGAUGGUUUUCUCGUAACAAUGCUAUGUCUGAUAUUGGAUCUGAUGUUAGGCGAGAAGUUAAUGCAGGGAUUGCAACUGUGUCCCGCAUGAUGGAACGGCUGGAGACCAGAGACAGUAAUAGAAGCAAUAUUAAUUCAGCUCCAAGUAAUUUAGAGGAUGAUUCAGUUCAAGGACCUAAUGAUCAGGCUUUAACUGGCACUGAAGGGGGCGGUCUUUUGGGAGACAAUAACACAAAAGCUUCUUGUGCUGCAGGUUCUAGUUCGAGUUAAGCAUACAGAAGGAAUUGCAAAAACUGAGAUUUGUUCUGUCUAAAAGGUAGAAAUAGGAUUGCCCAUUGGGGAUGUGAAAUUCCAUGGAUGUGAUGCAUUGCCUAUUGGCUGGCGCAGGCCAGGCAAGUGAUAAUCCAUUGGCCUGCAGAAGAAGACCUACAAUUAUGAUUUUGGAAAUAAAGAACUUGAAAAGGCUGCAGUGGUCUCUUUCGUUUGAAACUUAGGAACCUAUAUAUGAUUGUAUAUUCACAUUGUAAACUUAUUUAUAGAUAUUUUUCAGAUAAUCUUUUUUACAUAAAGUGCUAUGUCCUCAUGUGUUCCCAAACUCAACGACAAUUGGGGGCAUUAAGUCAUACUCUGAAAUUUCUGUUUGAUUGUGAAACACGAUCAGUAUAGACUUUGCA